CGAAAGGUACAAAAAAGAAAACGGGGAACGGCUGCAAGUGUUCCGCCUGGUGUGAUGCCGAGCUUGAUCCUUAUAGGCUAUUUUCCUUUUGUUCAUUCCCAUCCAUGCUUCACAUCAAUUUCCUCUUCUCUCCACUUUACUUAAUUUCCAACCUAUCCCUAAAAUCCACCCUUCUGAUUUCCCCGACUUGACUCUCCUCUCUUCCACCUUCUCAUUCCCUUUCCAACUCUUUACAACAAUUGGGACGCAUUGGCAGUUAGUAAUCGUUUUCUCGACGGACCCGAAUUACACCACGUUUCAGCUUGGUUCUCAAGGGAUCAUGGAUAUCGCUCUUGAAAUCUGGGACACCUUCAUUGGUGACCGCUUAUAUGCCGCUCUUCUUCCCAUCUCCCUUUCGUCCUCAGUCUCGUUUCCUGGCUUCAAUCAUGCGGUCAACAGCACCCUGUCCUUCUUCGGCGCAUCCCAGCCCUUCAUCUAUGAACCGGCCACACACCUGAUCUAUUUGGAACCGUCGAAGUACGCGUACAUGAGUGCUUGGCCCAGGAACAACAUCUAUCGCCAAUUCCUAAGUUUCUUCUUGAUUGUCUGGAUAUUCGGCCUUAUCACCUAUUUCAUAUCCGCAACACUGUCUUAUAUUUUUAUCUGGGACAAGACUACCGUCAAACACCCGAAGUUCCUCAAAAACCAAAUUCCCAUGGAGAUUGCACAGACCAUGGGAUCAAUGCCCAUCAUGUCUCUUCUGACUGCCCCCUUUUUGGUCGCCGAGGUCCGGGGUUAUGCGAAGUUGUAUGAUGGUUUCUCCGACGAGCCUUUCCCGUACUAUAGCAUCAUACAGUUCCCGUUGUUCAUUGCAUUCACCGAUUUCUGCAUUUACUGGAUCCACCGGGGCCUACACCAUCCGUUGAUCUAUAAGUCUCUACAUAAGCCGCACCACAAGUGGAUUAUGCCCAGCCCCUUCGCCUCACAUGCCUUCCAUCCGCUGGAUGGAUGGUCUCAGAGUGUCCCAUACCACGUAUUUCCGUUCAUCUUCCCGCUCCAGAAGGUCGCCUACGUUUUUCUCUUCGGUUUUAUCAACCUCUGGACCGUAUUGAUCCAUGACGGUGAAUAUGUUGCCAACAGUCCGGUCAUCAAUGGGGCGGCCUGUCAUACAAUGCACCAUCUUUACUUCAACUAUAAUUAUGGGCAAUUUACCACCCUAUGGGAUCGAUUGGGAGGAAGUUACCGAAAACCAAACGAGGAACUUUUCCGUCGUGAGACAAAGAUGGACAAGGAGGAAUGGAAGAAACAGACCAAAGAGAUGGAAUCUAUUCUCAAGGACGUCGAGGGAGACGAUGAUCGCAAUUACCUAGUGGAAGAUGAGUCCAAGAAGGAUCUGUGAUUAACACUAUAGGGCCUACCAUGUCACUUCCUGUCUCCCUUUUAUUCAAACCUUCUUGGAACUACUGUUGACUGGCUUAGACGGCUGUUGCGAAUGAUAUAGGUUGUCAAACCGCUCCCUGGGAGCGGACAAGUUCUUUCUGGACCCCGCUGGAUUCAGAGGAGAGAGCCACAACCGUCUUUUGGAUGGCGCUAACAAUACCCUCACUUGGAUCUUUUGCUUCUGACAGUGAGUGUUACGAUAUUUAUGUUUUCCUAAUUUGUCCUGUGGGCACGUGUCUGCCAUCAGGUCUCUUCCCUAGCCACACUGUUUAAUACUGUUUCUAGUAUAUUAAUUAUUGCAUACCUGUUUUUGUAUUUAUAAUCAGUCACUGACACAUCGUGAUAUGGACCAUUGUCAAUGGUGAAAAUCACUGCAACCCCCCCCCCGGUGUUUAUGGUUUCGUUGUACAUAUAUUUCAAUCAUAACCAAAAGCAGGAAUGAAAGUCAUUAUAGAGCA